UUUCUAGCCAAACUUCUCGUGGGAAGGCAAACUCCCCAACUACGCGUAGGUACUCACAGUCCGAGUCGUCUCAACUCCGAGUCUCCCCAACCUUAAAAAGAAAAAGUUGGGCAGAGAGCACAUUUUCAUUGAAUUGCAGGUUACUUCCAUGUCCCUCAUCAUUUAUUUCCACCUGGUUUUCCUCUUUUUCUCUCAUCUCAUUACUUCUAGCUCAUUCUUCCAUUUUACUUUAGAGCCACCUUUCUUCCAACCUUCAUCUACUCAAAAAACUGAAAAAAUAUAUGGGUUUUCUAGAUCUUUGGAAAUCUCACUUCUUGUGAGUUUCAUGUUCUUUUUUUUUUUUUUUUUUUUUUUGUAUUUUUCUUGUAUUGGAGGAGUGGUUUUGAACUCAGGACAUGAGGUGCGAGGGUGAAAUUUUUUAUUUUUUAGUUCCUGUAUAAGUUUCAAGGUUUAAGAAAAAACCCCAUUUAUUUUAUUGUUCAUACCCUCAUUUUUUUUCAUGGAUCUUGGAAGCAAAAGCUAUUUGAUCCAUGUGUCACAAGCUCUUCCUCCAUCAACAACUCCAGGAAGCUCCAUUUUUGGAACUCCGAUUCACCAUUCCGACACAAGCUUCCCCAUUAUAGCAGUUGCCGGAAUAGGAAUUGUAGCCACAGCUUUCUUGCUCGUCAGCUACUACAUCUUUGUUAUCAAAUGCUGCCUCAACUGGCACCGUGUCGACAUCCUCAGGCGAUUCUCAUUGUCGCGCAAUAGGCGGGACGAAGACCAGCUCAUGGUCUACUCCCCCCGUGUAGAGACCCGGGGGCUCGACGAAGCAGUGAUCAGAUCAAUCCCAUUGUUGCAAUUCAAGAAAGAUGGAAAUUAUAUAGGAUUGGGAGAGGGAAGCUUUUGCGAGUGUGCGGUUUGCUUGAAUGAGUUUCAAGAAGACGAGAAGCUUCGAAUCAUACCGAAUUGCAGCCAUGUUUUCCACAUUGAUUGUAUUGAUGUUUGGCUUCAAAGCAAUGCCAAUUGCCCACUUUGUAGAACAAGCAUUUCAACCACACCCAGAUUUCCUUUUGAUCGAACUGUCGCUCCAAGCUCUUCGCCCCAAGAUCCAAGUCCUUACGCAGGUAGCCUCAGUGGAGGCGAUGAAGACUACGUGGUUAUUGAAUUGAGCAACGACAACACGAUGGAUCAAGCAAUGCUUGGAAGACAAGGAAGAUCGAAUUCCGGGGAGUUAUCACUAUCAGUAAGAUCUAUUAGUCCUUCACCAAGGAAAUUGGAACACAGAGUUUUGCCCAAGAAAUUUGAGAGAAAAUUUCACAACAUGAUUACAAGCAUGGGGGAUGAAUGCAUUGAUAUCAGAGGGAAAGAUGAUCAGUUUUCAAUCCAACCAAUAAGGAGGUCUUUCUCAAUGGACUCAUCAGCUGAUAGGCAGCUUUAUUUGGCAGUUCAAGCAGCAAUGCAGCAGCAAAGGCAAAUCAGUGAGGUCAGUCCCACUGAAGGUUGCAGUAGUGCUAGGGUUAGAAGAUCUUUCUUUUCUUUUGGUAAUGGUAGGGGAUCUAGAAAUGCAAUUCUGCCUGUUUAUUUGGAGCCAUAAGACAAAUUUUUUGUUUGGACUUUUGCAAGUUUUUAGUGUUUUUGUGAGAUAGAAAUUUUAGAUGUACUAUUGGGAGGUUACAUGAUUUCCUAAUGUUACAUAGCCACAUUCAAUUGAAAUUUGAAAGCAUAGCUUUACUUUA